AUGCCAGGCAAAAGUAUAGAGGAUCGGCUUGUGGAGCGCUUCAUGCGGUACUCCGCCAUCCCAAGCCAGAGCAACCCGAAUAAUGUCGGUAAGUGCCUGCCAACGUCUCCUGGGCAGCAGGAGCUUGCGGAGCUCAUUGCCGCAGAGCUGCGUGCCUGCAGCCUGCUUGACGUCGUGUGCGACAACCACGCGACCGUGACGGCGGUUAAGCCGGGCCGCAAGAGGGAUUGCCCGACAAUAGGCUUCAUUGUUCACCUCGACACUGCCCCAGUUGGCCUCAGUCCGGUGGUGCGGGCACAGAAGUUGCGCUACGAGGGUGGGGAUGUCUGCCUCAAUAAGGAACAGGACAUUUGGCUGCGGGCGGCGGAGCACCCCGAGAUUGUACCGUACGCCGGCCAGGAAGUUUUAUUUGGCGACGGCACGAGUGUUCUUGGCGCGGAUGACAAGGCCGCGGUGGCGUCGGUGAUGGAGAUGAUCACAAGUCUGCGGCCGGAGGACGAGCACGGCGACAUCAUUGUCUGCUGCGUUCCAGACGAGGAGGUUGGACUUGUGGGCGCCAAGCACCUUGACGUUGCUUCCCGCUUCAACGUGGAUUUUGCAUAUACAAUUGACUGCUGUGAGCUGGGUGAGGUGGUGUACGAGAACUUCAACGCUGCCGCCGCUACAAUCACAUUUACCGGUGUCACAGCACACCCCAUGUCGGCGAAGGGGGUGCUGGUGAAUCCGUUGCUGAUGGCCGUGGAUUACAUUUCACGCUUUGACCGCAGCGAGACGCCAGAGGUCACGGCGGGAAAGGAGGGCUACCACUGGUUUGCGGAGAUGACUGCAAACCAAAACGAGGCCGUUCUCCACGCGAUGGUGCGUGACUUUGACGGGGCGAAGUUUGAGAAGCGGAAGCAGAAGCUGCACACGGUGGCUAACGAGAUCCAGCAGCUGCACCCCACCGGCCGCGUGCAGGUGCACGUGGCAGACCAGUACCACAACAUUGCCGACGCCCUCGGCAGCGAUCGCACGGCGGUGGACAUCAUCUUUGAGGCGAUGCGAACUGUGGGGGUGGAUGCGAAAGUGACAGCGAUGCGCGGUGGAACGGACGGGGCGGUGCUCUCCGCGAAGGGCAUCGUGACGCCAAAUUACUUCACCGGUGCACACAACUUCCACUCAAAGUUUGAGUUUCUGCCGGUUCCGUCUCUGGUCAAGUCGUAUGAGGUGACGCGGCAGAUUGUUCUUCAGGCGGCCAAGCGCGUGAAGCCGCCGCGGUGUCGGGGGCGGAUGGGAUGA